AUCAUCUCAUUUAGACAGAGAGCGUCCUCACACACGGACGAGAUGUUUUAGGAUCUGAACAGUCUCAUUCUGACAGAUAAUGUCAUUUAAUCAGGAUUUAUUCAGACCUGAAAUAUCUUUGGAGGAGUAGCUUCUUUUGGACAGAUUCUGCAGGGAAGCAGUUUGACAUUAGUCUCUCAGCUUUCCAAAAAGAAUGAAUAAGUGGUAGCUCUCCGGCCAGCGUUUCUAUGCAACAGCGCAGGCGGCUGUGAAGCCACGGAGCACACGGAGGGAUAGAUGCUGUAGCAGAGAGCGGCUGCACUGUAGAUCUGGACUCAGAGCGCCUUUUAAAGCCAAUGGAGCGACGAGAUGAUGGAGACGAGCUGGUCGGGAGCGUAGAUCACCAUGAUAGCGCAGAGGAGCCCGGUUCUCCUCCCCUAGCUCGUGAGCACUCAGGCAGCCCACAGCAGGAGGAGCCCGCCACAAUGAACCGGAACAGCAGCUACCUGCCAGUCCCUGGCGAUGAGAACAACCUGGAUGUGGACUUUGAAAACACCAAGCCCAGGAGCAACGAGUCCAUACCGAUGAAAAAUCUUUAUUCGGAUGACGGCUCGCCUCUGAGGUUAGGCCCAUUCUUCUCUGAUGGCCGGCGACGGGUGGACUACGUGCUCACUUACCAGAUCCAGAAGCCCGGCGGCAUCCGGCGCCAGUCCUCCAAGUUUUCAGGAGACAAUUUCAUCCGCCGGCUUCGGCGCAGCCUGAGCUCGAGAAGCAGCCGUGCCCCACUGCAGCCAAAGGAGGACCCGGAGAUCGCCGCCCAGGAGCAACGGAGUGACUAUCAUGAGGAUGACAAGCGCUUCAAGCGGGAUGAGUUUGAGGAAAAGCUCCUGGAGACAGGGCUGGAGCUGGAAAGGGAUGAACGGACUAAGAUCCCAGGAAUCGGCUUCUUGAAGAUCCAUGCUCCUUGGAACGUUCUGUGUCGGGAGGCUGAGUUCAUGAAGCUCAAGAUGCCGACAAAGAAGGUUUAUGAAGUGAAACAAGGCAGUAAUGUGGUGGAAAAGAUUCGACUGUUCAUCCACAAAGUCACAGCUCCUCUACACCCAAAUGUAGAUGGCAACCGGCCACAAAACGUCAAAUCCCUCUCUCACCCUUUCUCCAGAGAGAAGCAGCAUCUAUUUGAUCUGUCCGACAGGGACAAGUUCUUUGACAGCAGGACCAGGAGCUCAAUAGUCUAUGAGGUAGUGAAGAGGACAAAAUGCACCAAAACCAAAUACUCCAUGGGGAUCACCAGUCUGUUAGCCAGUGGUGUCUAUACGGCUGCUUAUCCCCUGCAUGAUGGAGACAUCGAGGGUGUGAACACAGAAUCUAACGACAGGAAACUGCUGUACGAGGAGUGGGCCAGCUACAGUGUCUUCUACAAGUACCAGCCUAUCGGACUCAUCAGGAAGUAUUUUGGGGAGAAGGUUGGACUGUAUUUUGCCUGGUUAGGAGUCUACACACAGAUGCUGAUCCCUGCAGCCAUCGUUGGAGUCAUUGUAUUCCUCUACGGCUGUGCGACUGUCGAUGAUAACAUACCGAGUAUGGAGAUUUGUGAUCCCAGGAAUAACAUCACCAUGUGUCCACUGUGCGACCGUGCCUGCAGCUACUGGAAGCUGGUGACAGCAUGUGGUACAGCCCGAGCCAGCCACCUGUUUGACAACCCAGCCACCGUCUUCUUCUCCAUCUUCAUGGCCCUCUGGGCGGUCCUCUUCAUGGAGCACUGGAAGAGACGACAGAUGCGACUCAACUACAUCUGGGACCUGACAGGCUUUGGAGAGGAGGAGGAGGACCACAACCGAGCGGAGUACGACUUACUGCUCCGGCAAAAGGAAAUGAGACUGGAAAAUUCAGGCAAGAAGGUUGAGAAGGUGAAGGUGACCUGUAAUGACAGACUGCCAGCCUACCUGACUACUGUGGUGAUGAUGAGCUUCAUGAUCCUUUUGACGUUUGUCAUCGUCUUCGGGGUCAUCCUGUACCGGAUUAGCAUUAAGGCCGCGCUGCAUAUGAGCACCUACCCUGCAGCACGGUCCAACAUCAGAGCCACCGUCAAAACCACCGCCGCCAUCAUCAACCUCAUCGUCAUCAUCAUCUUAGAUGAAAUCUACGCCGCCAUCGCCCGCUGGCUCACCACACUGGAGGUUCCAAAGACAGAGAAGAGCUUCGAGGAGCGCCUCAUCUUCAAAACCUUCAUCCUGAAGUUUGUCAAUGCUUUCACACCCAUCGUCUAUUUGGCCUUUUUCAGGGGCAGGCUCGUUGGACGGCCUGGAAACUACUUGUACGUCGUUGGAUCGUACAGAAUGGAAGAGUGUGCCCAUGCUGGCUGCCUCAUGGAGCUGUGCAUCCAGUUGUGUAUCACCAUGCUGGGCAAGCAGCUCAUCCAGAACAACCUGUUUGAGGUUGGCAUACCGAAGCUGAAGAAACUGCUCCGGAGGAGGAAGUCGACUUUGGACUCAAAGCAAGAGGAGGCGCUGAACAAAACCCUGCUACCCCACGAGAAAGACCACAUCCUGGGUCCUUUUGUUGGCCUCAGCCCCGAGUACAUGGAGAUGAUCAUCCAGUUUGGGAUGGUGACUCUUUUCGUGGCCUCCUUUCCUCUGGCUCCGCUCUUUGCUCUCCUGAAUAACAUCAUCGAGAUUCGCCUGGAUGCCAAGAAGUUUGUCAUGGAGCUGCGCAGGCCGAUCGCAUGCAAAGCCAAAGACAUCGGUAUCUGGUACAACCUCUUGAGAGGCCUCAGCAAGGUAGCAGUCAUCGUUAAUGCCUUUGUCAUCUCCUUCACCUCGGACUUCAUCCCACGGCUCGUCUACCAGUACAUGUACAGCCCUGACGGCUCCAUGCACGGCUUCGUCAAUCACACCCUGUCUUACUUCAACGUCAGUGACUUUCAGCCGGGCACGGCCCCUCUCCAGCCGUUCCACCUGGGCUACAAGGUGGAUGUCUGCAGAUAUAAGGACUACAGAGAGCCUCCCUCGUCCAACACACCAUAUGAACUCUCUAAGGAGUUCUGGGCCGUUCUAUCUGCUCGUCUCGCCUUCGUUGUUGUCUUUCAGAACGUUGUGAUGCUUAUGAGUGACUUUGUGGACUGGCUAAUCCCGGACAUCCCCAAAGACAUCAGCCUCCAGAUCCACAAGGAGAAGAUCCUCAUGGUGGAGCUCUUCAUGAAGGAGGAGCAGGGCAAAAGGCUUGCAGCGCGGGACCACCACAACCAGGACAACUCAGCAGCCAGUCACAGCCCGCUACAGCCCCGCUCCCGGCCCGUCUCACACGCAAACUGCUCCUAAACCGCUCGCUGCUGGGUGGGAAUGAAACCAAGCGCAAACACAGCAACUGUAUACAAACUGUAAAUAAGUUAAUCAGCUGCUUAAAGCUAGCUGUUAGAGGUUAGGACAGUUAUCCAUAAACACAUGGUAGGUUUUUAUUAAUCAGCAGAGCUUUGCUGUGUUCAUGCUGUUUAGGAUCAUUUGCAGAAACAACGUGAAACACACAUUAGAGUUUCUUCACAUUAAAACUCUUUUAACACUUUUCUCAUGUUCAGGCAACACAUUUUACAACAGACAUGAACCAAAACUGCAGCAAGCAAUCUGACAAUACUCAACACAUUAUUUAUUGGAUGUACUGUAUUUGAAAGGAACAAGCCAUUUGCUUCAUUUGACUCUGGGAAAGAAAAUCCUCAUCAAUCAAUGAGAUCAUCAUUCAAGACGUCUGAGAAAACAGUGCCAAACCCCGCCUGCAAGCUAAUGAAUCAUGCUUAUUCAACCAUUACCUGCCGCCUCUCCCCCGGGAACUGAAUGCAGCUUGUGUACUGAAGACUCCGUCCAAACCGUCCUUGUGAGAAGAAUUUCCUCCUGAUAUCUUACUGGUGAGAUGCAACACAAAAGGAGAUUCUCCCUCUUGUCAUCGAUGUGUAAAGCUCAGAUAGGCCUUUUUUUUAGCACAAUUAAAUGCAGGAAUUUAUUGAUAUACUUUUUUUUAUAUGCAACAUGGUCAAGCACAUGUGCUUUGGUUGUUGGGAUGGAGGUUUUGGAAGACCUUCUGUGUCAAGCGGCCUGAAUUGUACUAUUCUCUUGUAUACGAGCGUCAUUGUGCUCACUGUUACACUUGUUACAUUUUGAGUACAACAAACUGCCUAACAGUGGCGUUAGUCCUGGAAAGCACAAGUCACAUUAUUGAUAUUCAUUCCAAUGAACUGGAACUCUUAAAGCUGCGAUUGGCGAGAUUUACAGCGUAAAAGUGAUGUCAUGCUGCAUCUCACUGCGCUGAGAUGCUGUACUGUAAAUACUCACUGUGUGUCCUGUUACACACCUAUCAAACUCUGGGAUUGGGUAUAGAGAGACAUAUUUUCCACAUAUGAAAUUGUAAAAUAAAAUUUAAAAACCCUCUAAGUAUCUCUUGACGCUGCAGCAGAAAAAGCUGAAAACACAACAUUGUCAUAUUGUCACCUGAAGCUCCGUUUUACGUUUCCACUGUGAAAAGUUGUGGAUGGUACCAAUGAAACUGUUCCCUGCUGUCCCCAUGUUUGGUCCCCCCUCUGUUGGGGUACCUAGCACACAGAUCUGGUACUAAAAGGUGGAGCUGUGAACACUGCAGUCUGAUUGGUCAAUAGAGGAUGGUCACUCUGCUCAGGGCUGAGUUGUGUCUGGUUUUGAGGCUCAUGUAACCACUGUUCAUACCGUGGAGAGUUUUAUUAGUAAACUAUAACUAUAAAAUGAAAGGAUGUUUCGCUGCCUCAUGCAGCAGCUGGAGUCUGAGAAAAAGAAUUCACUGGGCCGACUGCCUGCGACUUUUAAGGUAGAACAUUAACUUGUAAUGUGACUCAAUGCAUGAGUUGAUGAUGUGAAUCCAUCAGCACACCUUAAAUGUCACUGUGACAACUUUGACCAUUACUUUAGUUUUUAUAUGACAUACACCUUUAGUAAUAAGUGGAUCUUCAAGAGUUUAUAUAUAUUCAUUUCAUCCGUAUUAUGUGAACUGCAUUUAUUCUAAUCUUCACUCAGAGGAAAAAAAAAAAGCGGAGCGUCGUUCCUGUGGGCUACAGCAACACUAAACCCCUGAGCUUGCCUUAGAAUGACUAAAUACACAAACCUGCUAUUUUUAAAUAUCCCAUGGAGAGAGACUCUCAUUGCAGCAUGUUCUAUUUUGUUCUGAAAAUGUCACCGUUGUGUGGAUGAUAAACUAGGUGCAGACUGCCAUCUGUGUCACCUGCAAUGAGGAAAUACAGCGAGUGCUUUACGGAGCAGUGAGUGACAAAAACCCUGCACACAUGAAAGCGCUAGGGUCUAGGUACCAUGUCUUAAGGGUUACUUCUGGUUCCAAAGGUACCAUACCGAAAGUGUUUGGUGGAAACGGGGCUUUAUAAAACCACCAUUAGUGGUGUUACACUACACAUAGUGGUUAAUAUUUUAAAUGAUUAGCUGCUAUAAUCAACAGGACUCUAAAUGAAUGCUCAUGUUCCUCUGUGUCUGCUGGGUGUGUGACAUGUUUGCUAACAAGUUUGCCAUAUCAACGUAAUAAGUGAUAACGUCAGUGUUGUGUUUUCAGCGUGCAUCUGCUGCCCCCUGGGGGCCAGAAAAUCAGUUAAUGCAGGAUUAACUAAUUGCAAGCGAUCAAGAGACUCCAUCAUUUAAUCUUUUGCCUCAUUUGUUCAUUUGGAUCAUUGACAAACUGACCUUACAGAGAAAUUCCUAUAACUUAUGACACAAUUCUUCAUCAGUCACUUUUGAACCACCAAUGGGAAAUGUUGGCUUAUGCAGCUUUAAAGAGCCCAGAAGAUGUCGAGUUUUCUGUUUCACUGAUUAAAACCAUAAAAGCCAUUCACACCUUUGUAUAUUGUUAAGAUGCUCAGCUGUAUUUAUUAGAGGGUUUUGCUGAGUGUAAAAAUUUAUGACAGGUUUUCUUAUAGAUUUAAGGUUGUGCACUGAAAAGUGAUCCUAAUGUACUCAUUUUUAAAGUCACAUGUAGUGGUACAUGUAUGUGCAUACAGUGUGUGCCAUCAUGCUACUUUAACAUCAGAAAGCUGCAUCUUGGAGCAAAUAGGAUUGAGAAUUAUUUCCCAUUGAGACCCUAACUUAAAGGCAUGCUAUGCAGGAUUAAUCGCUUACUGUUUGCAAACACAACAUUCAAACUUGGCCACUCCUCCUGGAGGUCAAGUAUGCUAGAGAGUGAAUGAUUGGGGGGGGGGGGGCGUAAACGAGAACAAAGCACUGAAUUAGAAAAAUGAAAUGUUAUGUUCUUAUUGUUUUACAGCAGUUACAUUCCAAAACACAAAUAAAAACCCACAACGUAGCACAACCCUGCAGGGCGGUGCUGUAUUGCUGGAUUUUGUGUGAAUUCAACUGAAGCGUAUGCUACACCCUGUCCGCCUGGCUUCUCUGCUCUGUGUGUGUGGCUCAACCUCACCCUCUGCUAAAGUUGUGCUAAAUUUAUGCUCUAAUAUCUAUUUUGGAAGUGUUGGUGGUGCUUUUUGUGGUUGGCUUUGGACAUGGGUGGCGCGUGGCAGAGAGUCGCUCAUUGGGAUGUGGAAAUCAGCUCAACAGUCUGUAAACUCUCCCUUUGCCAACUUCUAGCUAGAUGCUAACUGCCAAUUUGAGGUUUCCAGAUGUAAACAUUGAGGAAAGAUAGAGAAGAUGGCACCAGCUGAACGAGCAUCCAUGAUAGCUGUUGUUUAAAUAAACUAGACGAUCUCGACGUGUCGCAUGCCAGGAACAGUAACUGUAACAGGAACUGUAAUAUCCGUUGAUUUCACCAGAACUUAGCUAAAUCCUGGAAACUGCCAGGACGCACUUUACGGUGAAUCAGGACUGGUGUGUCUGUGGGAAUGUGAGGUGCUGUCCUGUUCCUGCUGUGGAUCACUGAGGUUACUGCAGUGCGGCACUGUCCUUGUAACUAUGUGCUGUCUUAUUGAGGUCAGAUGUUCGGACACUUUUACAACCAGAAACCAUUAGAUUACCAGGAACAUCCUGAAACAUGGACAUUAAUAAAGCAGCAGCCAACGAUGUAAGAAGAAACAAUAAGGUCUAAAUUACAGUGCACAAGUUAAAGGAGCUGAUGGAUCACAUUUCACUGGAGUUGUACCUUGUAUAUUUCCAUGUGAAAAGUAAAUAAUUGAAUGAUUUAAAAAAAGAAAAUAAAGGCAGAGGACAGGUUCUCUGAAGGUACAGACACCACCACACACUGCUAGUGCGUCAUAAGUGCUGAUUGAGAGUGAUUACCUCUGUAUGAGUCAAUAUAUGGAUUUUUUUGUAGGAGAAUCCUGCAUAGCAUGCCUUUAGGGGGUUUCUGCAUUUGGCUUUGGCUCAAGUAGGAAUUUUCAGCUUCUUGAUGACUCUGGAAAGCAGCGCCAGCGACUUGCCUAAGGGCACCACAGUGACAGUUGUCGAGGCGACAGCUUUACUGACUGACUCUUAGCCUGCCUUAUAUCCUCCCAGCCGCUCCAGGGAUUACCUAAACUGUCACUGGCUCAUUUAAAAUUUACAUUUAGCAGUUUUCACACAAAGGGAUAGUCAAACCAGGAAAGGCCACACUGUUUCUAUAUUAUUAUCAUGCCUUAUAUUAUAAAUGAAUUUGGCAUUUUCCUAAAGCUGCAACUCUUUAAAUAUUCAAGCACAAAGACUGAAUGAUAUUUUUUUGUAUUUAUCAAACUGCAAAAACUCGUUGGGAGUGACUGGAUACCACUCUGGAGAUAAAUGUGUAAAUGUGCUGUCGGCUGUAAUGUGCAGUCACACGUACAGUCUACACUCAUCGAUGUGUCACAUCCUGCCCCCUGCUGUAAAUAUAUUGAACUACCCCAAAUUUAAGCCCUCAACCCAGACUGAUAGAAUGUAUUAUUAAUAUUAUUAUUUUUAAUUUUCAGUGAUUUGUAAUCACUGUUAGGUCAAGAUAUUGUAUAGCUGUUUUUUUGUAGUUUCAAGAUAAUGCAUUUCGAAGUGCGUUAAAUGUGUUGAAAGGGUUUUUUCAGCCCACAGGGGACCACUGAUCUGAUAUACGUAGUGUCUUAAUUUUUAUUCAUUAUUUAAUGUACUAAAAACUAAUAAGGACCUAUUUCGCUGUACCUGGAUGGAAACAUCGCCCACUACAGACUACAAGGACAUUUUUAUCACAAAAGACCUUACUUCUUCCUGGGAUGUGACCUGCUCUUCUGAGCAAAGACUGCACAUUUUAUUUUUACCAAAUCUUAAUACUGUUGAUACUCUGUUUGUAAGUAGGGUUAGUGUUGAUAUUCAGUGAUAGAUGACAUGCUGCCGCGGGGCCUGCGGAGCCUGUUUUAGCUACAAUGAUCUUUUCCUGAGAAUCUCUUAUAACCUGAUGUCACAUGUGAAGACCCUCCCUCGAUGUCCCUCAUGAGAUGUCCUCCCGCCCUCUGUGGCCAUGUUGUAUUUACAGCAUCAAUAAAACACUGCAAGUUGUUGUGACAUGCUGAUAUCUAUUGUAAUGUAUGUCAAAGCACAUUUCACAACAUGCGUGAGUGUAUAUGCAUGUAUAACUGACUCGUCUGUCUCUGAUAAUUUGAGUCUUUUUUGUUUAAACUAACUGCAAAUAAAUGAGAGAUGAACUGCCUGGA